CAUUCUCACAAACAGAGAGUUACUUGUAUACACUACUUAGACUAAGCAAGAGAGAUUAGCUUGUUCCAGUGAGAGGAGGAAAAACAAAAAUGGAGUCAUUCCCAAUAGUUGAUUUGUCAAAGAUCAAUGGUGAAGAGAGAGCUGCAACCAUGAAUUUGAUCAAAGAUGCCUGUGAGAACUGGGGUUUCUUUGAGUUGGUGAAUCAUGGGAUUUCGCAUGAGUUUAUGGACAAGGUGGAGAGGCUGACUAAGGAGCACUACAAGAAGUGUAUGGAACAGAGGUUUAAAGAAAUGGUGGCAAGCCAAGGACUUGAAGCCGUUCAAUCUGAAAUCAGUGAUUUGGACUGGGAAAGCACAUUCUACCUGCGCCACCUACCUGACUCAAACAUCAAUGAAAUCCCUGAUCUUGAAGAUGAUUACAGGAAUUUAAUGAAGGAGUUUGCAAAGCAACUGGAGAAACUAGCAGAGCAACUUCUGGAUUUGCUCUGUGAAAAUCUUGGGCUUGAAAAGGGUUAUCUGAAGAAGGCCUUUUAUGGGUCUAAAGGUCCAACUUUUGGGACCAAAGUCAGCAACUACCCUCCAUGCCCUAAACCAGACCUGAUUAAGGGUCUCAGGGCACAUACUGAUGCUGGUGGCCUUAUUCUGCUCUUCCAAGAUGACAAGGUCAGUGGCCUCCAGCUACUCAAAGAUGGGCAGUGGAUUGAUGUUCCUCCCAUGAAGCACUCGAUUGUCAUCAACCUAGGUGACCAACUUGAGGUGAUCACUAAUGGGAAGUACAAGAGUGUGAUGCACAGGGUGAUUGCACAAACAGAUGGGACAAGGAUGUCAUUAGCAUCAUUUUACAAUCCAGGCAGUGAUGCAAUAAUUUACCCAGCUCCUGCUUUGUUGGAGAAAGAAGCAGACACAAAGGAAAUGUACCCAAAAUUUGUGUUUGAGGACUACAUGAAGCUGUAUGCAGGACUCAAAUUCCAGGCCAAGGAGCCAAGAUUUGAGGCCAUGAAGGACAUGGAAUCCACUGUCAAACUGGGCCCUAUUGCCACUGUUUGAUGGGUUUUGUGUGGUUUAUGUUAAUAAGCUAAUUAAGUGAAUUUUAAUAUUGUAUUAGUGAGAGUUUAGCUAUAUGUUUCAUGAUGUCUGGUGGGGUCUUGUCUUGUACUGUUGUGUUGUUAAUUUAAGAGUCUUCGUAGAAAAGCUAAGCAAAAACUCUCAUAAUGAAGUUCUAUUUUGGCAUAUUA